GUCUCAAUCAGGAAUGGUACAGAUGACUGUGCAAAGCUAUAUGAGAUGCCUGCAUCAGUUUGCAGAAAGUCCUGUUAUGUCAAGAUGGAAUAGUUUCAACUCGUCUUAUUCUCUUACUAGUGCACCCACUAGCAUCACUGAACUGCUGCAGCUCUGGGAAAAGGAUCCAGUUGAGAUUCUACUGGAUUUGGGAUUUGGUAAAGAAGAACCUGAUAUCUGCACUAAAAUCCCUUCUCGAUUCCUCAGUAGUGCUUCCGUAGCCAAAGGGAUCAAUAUCUGUGUCUUUCUGGAAGCUCAAAAACAGCGUAUGGACGUUGAGAAUCCUGAUUUAUAUGGACGUUUUCGGCAACUGGAAGUCCUGGAUCAUGUGGCUAGUGCCUUUUCAUCUUUGCUGAAUAAUGUUAACAACCAACAGGACAGAACAGAAGACAGCACUGGAGUAGAGAAGAACAUGAUGGAUAUGCAGAAUAAUACAGCUAUGGCAAUGAGAGCAAAGAGGAGAAGAAUAGGUCAGCUCUUGAAAAGAGUUUCUAGACAGGCAACAGUUAAACAGCAGAGCACUCAGGCUUCUGAAAACUCAGAGUCAUGCAGUGCUGGAGAAAAACAGUCUCCUACCUCUGCUGGAAUGGAUGACUGUAUAGAAACCAGGACAGGCUUUUCUGAAAAUAAGAUCUUGGACUCUGUGACAGAAGAGCAGUUUCCCACUGAGGAGGAUGCACUGACAUCCCAGCCUCCACAAAUGCUGGGAUUGAAAACGCGGGCCUUGUCACAUAUACCUGUAAGGCAGUCCUGCCUUCUUUCUUCAUCUGAGAUGCCUGCCAAAGAUCGAACCCGAAAGGAGUCCAAUUUGCUUUUGACCCAAACACUCAGAAAGGUGUCUAGGCUAAACUGCAAGCCUCCAGACUCAUUUGAAAUGGAAGAGAUACAGAGCUUUGAAGAUGAAACUCCAUGGGGAAAUCCUCUUGACUGCACUUCAGGAGCUGUGGUUACAAGAGCAAACAGCUACCAGUCUGAUAGCAGUGGAUUUUUGGAGGAACCAUCAGAGCCUUCACCUUUACAGAAUCUACCGAUGCUAGGACAUCUGAACCUUAGAUAUGAUACCCAUGACCAACAAACACCACAAAGUACUGAUCUCUCUAUAUCAUAUCAGGAUACUCAGCAGAAACCAGAGGAUACUGUUCCUAAGGCAGAGUGCAAGAACAGUUUAAAGGUAGAGGGAGAAUGCAAUGACCAGAGAGAAGAAACCGAUCUCUCGCAAACUGCAAGAGAUGGUCUACACCAGACCUGGAAUGAUCAGUCAGAAGAUUUUGUUGAAGAAAUGGUGUAUGAUGUGGAUAAGAAGGAAAUGGAAGUUGAAGGAGAGUGGCUGGGGAAAGAUGAAAAUUGUGAACAACAACUUACUUUAUGUUUUCAGGGUGAUGAUCAGGAGGUGGAGGAUAUUGUCUUCCCAGAAUGUGACCAUCAUUUAUACAUUAAUGCACUUCACAAAAGUCCAGAUCCAUCUCCCACUGAAUAUAAUGGUACAACCUCCAAUGACUUCAGUGGCAGCAGAAUCUGUACCAAAGAAGAAGUAAGUGAGAGACCUCUGAUUGAAGAGGAUGCUCGGGAAGUAUAUAAUGAAAAUGUCCAGAAAGAUACUACAGAACGUAUAAAGGAAAAGCAAUGGGAUAUGGAAAUUUUCAGUAAAGCUGAUACUCUCAUUCCAGUCAUCAAGGCCACAGGUGAUCAGGAGUUAAAUCAGAUGGAUCUGGAUUCAAAACUCUGCUGCUCUUUUGAAACAGGGGCACAAGAAACUGAAUGGCAAGUCUCAUCACUGAAAAAUGAAAAUGAGGUCAUUUCAGACUGUUAUUUUCCAGUACAUGACUGUACUGCUCAUGGCCUAGAAGAAAGACCUGAAUUUAGUUCCUAUGAAAGCUCAGAGACAUGCUGUUUGGAUGAGAUUUUAGCAGCCAGUGAGCCAGAAAAGGAUGACCCCAGUCAAAACUUAAAAAUUAAUACUAAUCCUUUUAAAUCUGUUACGGUUCAGAUGUCAUCACAGCUGGUGUCUACUAUGCAAAAUGUUCCUUUGAGUGAAGGCUUUGCUAAAGCUCAGGCUUUAGAAUGCACAUCCGACAGGUCACAAUACUCUGAGGGUGAGCAUGUAAUUAUUUCAGAGCUGGGCACUUUGAAGGAAAAUCUCAAGGAGCAUAGAGAUGCUUUGAUUCAAACUGACUCAACCGAAGUGAAAAAAAAAAAUCAAUGGCCUGAUCCUCCAUUCCAUAGGUGUGGCCGUCUCAUAAAAUCGGUCUCCCUGGACACUGGACUUUAUGGGAAUUGCAAAUCAUCUUGUUAUGGAGCUUUGGCUGCCCGGCCUUCUCCAUUUUCUCACUGCUGUCAUUGUUUCUGCUGCCAUCACUGCUGCUUUUUCUGGGCCAAUCCCUUAACUGGUUCCUCCAAACAUCCUGCAGCCUCUUGUCCCAACCAGGCCAACACAGAAUUACAGCUUCUGAGAACACUAAGGCUUCUGCAGGAGACAUCAGUGAAGAAUAUUUCCCCAUGCACAGUCCAUGAAAUAGAAACCAUGAAAAGCUCAUGCCAGCAUUUCCGGGAGAAGCUAGAUGACAUUGAACAGCAGCUCAUUGAGCAGCAGGCUCUCUUCUCAAGUGCUAUGUCAGACGAAGGAAGGGAGGAAAAAAGACGACUGCAGGUCUUACGUCAAGCUGUGCGCCGGGAAGUGGCCGAACUGGAAUGCCAGCUGAAUGAUCGAGCUCGUCAGGUUAAGGAAGGGAUUCUCAUGCAGCUGGACCAGUUACUAGAAGAACAAUCCCAACUGCUUUCAGAGCUUGGACUCUCCAACGGGAGGGAAGAAAUAAAUGCCCAGAAUAACCAAGUUGUUUCAGAUGCUGCUAACAUUAUGCAUCCUUGUGCUGGGCACUCAGAAUUGGUAGUUCCACAGGAUUCCAGCAGGAUUGAAACAUUCCCAUCCAGUUCUUCAGCCUCAAUGCCAACAACCUCCAAGAUGUGGUUGCCUACCAUGACAGUGACCCAGCCAAAAUCAGUAGAGUCAGAUCCACAGGAGCUCUCCAUCAGCAAGAAGGAAACAAAAGGUCCUCCUCAGUCAAAAAUGGACUUCAAGACUUUCCUGCAGAUUCUGAAGAACUCAUUCCGAAAUUCGUUCAGUAAUGACUCAACCGAAGGAAAAGACUGAUGGAAAAUGCAUGACACACAGACUUUUGUUUUCAUGAAGAAGACAACAAAUAUAUCUGAGGUGUUACAGAAGAGGGAUGAUUAGGACAUUAGAUAUGUAGCUUUUGUAAUAAGAAGACUGCCUGGAAAAGUAAAUAAUUUUAAGGUAUAAUCAAGAUGAGGGCACCAUGUAGUCUGCUAUUUUGUGGUCACAGAAUUUGGUACAUGCCUUUUGCCUACCAGAUGGUAUAGCGCUAUACCCAUAGAUUGUAAGCCCACAAUUAAAAAAAAAGGGGGGGCAGAGAAAGUUUGUAUCUUCAUAGCUGUGAAGAAAGUCUUGGAAAGGUGAACUGAUGCUAUCUUGCCUUCGUAGAUCUGAAGACAGCCUGAUAAAAUAGUACUGAAAGAUAUUAAUUCUAUAACUGCUGGUCAUUUUAGCAGAAACAUCCAGUUUAUAUUAAUUCACAAAUGCAAACUGCCUAGUACACUUCCCCAACCCAACCACUAAAAGCUCCAUCAUCACACUGGGCAUGUCUAUACAUGUGCAUUUACUGUGCAGUAACCAAAAGUACUAUGCAGUACACAGUACGGGCACGUGUCUACAUGUGCACAUCCAUGCUGUGCAGUAAAUAUGGUAACUCAUGCCAAUUUGAGCAUAAAUUUGAUACCUGCAUGACUCAGGUAUCAAAUUUAUGUCCGAUUAGUUACUGCACAGUAACACAGAUGUAGGUGCUUUACUGUACAGUAAUACUGUGUGUGUGGAUUGACUUGGGACUAAAGUCAGUCAGUGUAAAUGCCAGCCUAUUCCUGUUUACUGAGCAGUAAAUUUAAGCCAGCAUAAGUGCACACGUAGACACACCCACUGAGAGCUUUGUUGCAGCACAUACAUCUAUUGUCUAUAAAACUUAAUGGAAACAUGACAACAUGCAACAGACUGAAUAUAAAAAUAUAUAAAAUGGGGGUCUUGUACUGAUCAUAUUUUUUGUUUUAAUAUUUAAUCCAUGAAAACCAUAGGUUUAAAAAAAUUACUGAAAACACUACAACAUUUCCUGUCUGCUGUCUUGGAAGGCUGAAGGUACCAGAGACAUUACACCAGAAUCCUACUCCAUCUUGCUGUGGCAUACACAGUGCCUACCUCUAGACAGAAGAACUACAAAUAAAUGUAAAAUAAUGACCAUAAGCUAGCAGAGAGCAGAUUUAGACUGGACAUUAGGUGGAACUUCUUCACAGUUCGAGUGGCCAAGGUCUGGAACAGGCUCCCAAGGGAGGUGGUGCUCUCCCCUACCCUGGGGGUCUUCAAGAGGAGGUUAGAUAGGCAUCUAGCUGGGGUCAUCUAGACCCAGCACUCUUUCCUGCCUAUGCAGGGGGUCGGACUCGAUGAUCUAUUGAGGUCCCUUCCGACCCUAACAUCUAUGAAUCUAUGAACAUUUAAAGAAUAGACUGUGGAACCUCUGGUUUGGACAGCUAGACGUGGAGGGCACUAAAGAAACUGGCAAAUGUUCAGAGGCAUGUUAUGCAGCUCUAUGCCCUGGGCAGCAGUGGCUGCCAGCUGCCGGAAGCAGCGGCAUGGCCAGUCAACAGCAGUGGCAGCUAUUAUUUUUCCACACUCCGACCCCAAGUCACACCUGGGGCUGCUACCCCUCUAGUCCCCCUUCCAGUUACUUUACUACAAAUGCUAAGGGCGGGGAUUAUGUAUGCUUUCUUUGAUCUUAGCAUAUGUCUAUGCUAUGGUCCACAACAUAGUAUAGAGAUUCCUGAUGUAGCUUUAAACAAACCAGCCUGAUAUUCAAAGUAGUGUGGAGCUCCAUGCAGGCUAACUUACCUCAAUUUAAAAAAACAAGCAAAGAAACAAAUCCUGUUGCUUCAACAUAAAUGAUUGGUGAAAACAUGAGGCAGAUACAGACAUAUGACUCUGUAAUGGGAUAAAACAAAGCAGAUUUUAUUGAGGGAACAAGCAAUGCAAAUGUGAGGCUCCCAUCCCUUUAAUAAAUGGAGGACUGGAAAUACAAACUUCCUGAUGAUAUCAGUUACAACCUGAAGGAUGUUAAAAUAGCUACAUCAAAUUAGUCACUGCAAAGAGCAUCCUGUUCCAAAUUCAAAGUUCCACCACUUAACUUCUAAAUUAGGGGGCAAAUUUCAUGUCUACUGACUUAAACCUUGUCUUUAAAUGGAGGCUGUGUGCAUUUGAUAGUGCUGAACCUGGUUCUGCAUGUAAUGUUAGAAGAAUAAUCCUUGGCAAAGCUCUUUUUUCAUCAUGUGAUGCCUAAAAUUUCAUACAGAAAUAAAUGUCAUUACUGAAGCUGUACAAAACUAAACAGCCUUUGGAUCAGUAAAUGGAUAAUGAAAGCUGUAUUCUUUUAGAAAUUAAAGCAUACUAGGCAAGAGGCAAUAGGAAAUAGUUCUUUCUUGUGUUCACUAAUAAUGCCUUGUUCUGCAGCACAUCAUAUCUCUUUAAUAAGUAUUAAUGAAUUAAGCCUUAUAAUACCUCUUGUUGCAGAAGGGAGAAAUGAGGCAUAGAGCAUGGCAUAGAGCAGUUAAGUGACUGGUUCAAGGGCGCACAGUUUUAGAUUUAACUGCUGUUAAAUCUAAAACUAUACCUGAACUUUGGCUUUCACCAAAACUAUUCACAGGGUUACUAGUAACCAUGUAGUCACUAGAAAAUAUUCUCUCUGGUAUAGUCAUAAGCAAAUAUGUUGGGAAUUUUAACAUUGUUUCACCAACUUAGUGAAGGAAUCUGCUGAUGUAAGUAUCUUGAGUACCUGGAUCACAAUUCCACUUUAAUUGAUAGAAAUCUACAAAUAGGAUGACUAGGUUGCAAUACAUAAGAACUUAGGCCCAUACUAUGGGUGGGUGAUUACAGGGCUUGCAAAAAGUGUUAACAUGACACAGCUUGCAGAUUUAAAACCUAAAAAGGAAAUACUGGCUGUGUCUACAUGAGAUGCUAACUACUCAGUAGCCUAAUAAUACUGCACAGUAGCAUGCCGGGCAAAAAUUCUGCUAAUACUCUACUGUGCAGUAGGAUUAGGCUACUGCAUAGUAAGCAUCACUAAAAACCGAUGCACUGGCACUACUGCGCAGUAGUGCAAAUUACCUCACAUUGAUUUGGUACUUGGUUAUCCAAGUACUAAACUUAAUGUGCAAAAACUACAAUGUAUUAAUGAAUGUGUAGACGUGCCCGCUGAACCCCGCUCUCAGCAGAACUCGUAGAAAAGUGUCAUGGACCAAGGGGCAUUAUUUGAGCUACAAGUCCAUUCCCCAAUUCCUGCCUUACACCAACUCUUCAGUAUCUUGAUGGAUAGAACUGUGGUGCAGAAGAACAAGACUGUCAUAAUCUACACCCCCCCUUUUCUCCCUUCCACCUCCUACUUCCCCCCAGUACUGUGCAUAAUACAGAUCAUGUAUCUUGUGAAGGAAGACUUGAAACUUGUUACUAGGGUGGAGAAUUUUGCAGGUUGUGGCCUGUGGGUAUAUAGCUACACAAAUAUACUUGUCCAAAUUUUCCAUCUCAGAAGAGCUACUUAUAGUGCAUAUGUUCCAGCAGUAGCUUGAGGAAUGAAAAAAAAAUACAGGACAGCAUUGAAGUAAAAUUAUAUUUUCACCAAGGGGAAGAAGAAAUGAACCAAAAGAGAAGUAGGUGAUGGGAGAGGAGAAAGAAAAGGAGACAUGAUAAAAGAGAGAACAAGGAUGAAAACAAGGGUGGGAAACAAGGAUGGGAAAAUGGAAACUACUGACUUUCCAAUUCAGGAAUAAAAUAAUAAGCCCAUAAUUUUUUUUUUACUGUCUUUUGCCUUUAUUGUUUUCUUUUUGAUGGCAAAUAAAUCUAUUGCUCUGGAA